AUGGUGGCACGUUCUCCUUUGAGAGAGACUGACGCAAAUCUGCAACAGCGACCUGUGGAUGUUGGUGAAGAUGGCAUCGUUCGCGGUGGUUUGGUUACGAAGAAGAGGACUUUGGAACGGAUUGAGCUUCAGGAACGGAAGAAAUGUAAAGCCGAACGUGCUAGGUCCAUUGAAGGGGCUGUCAAAGUCAAUAAGACUACUGCGAUGAAGAAUAUUGAACCAAAAGUGACGCCAUCUGAACUAUUGGACUGGCAAAACAAUUGGAAAAGAAUUAUGAGACGUGAAUCGCGUAUUUAUUUCGAUACCGCUGAUGAGACUGAGUCGAGUAAACUUGUUAAGAGUAAGAUGGAUAAGAGGAAAGAUUUGUUAAAGAGUGGGUUUGUAUCAUUGGGAGCUCAAAUCACUCAAUUCUUCGAUUGUAACGUUACGAUUGUUAUUACAAGGCGACCUAUUGAUAAUAUACACCUGCUGCCUGAGUCAGAUAUUUUAUCCCGAGCUAAGAAGGGCUAUAUGAAAGUUUGGGGUUACGAAAAGGCAUUUAGAUUCUUAAAGAAUUUGGAUGUCGAACUACAUGACCUGGAGAAAACAAGGCAAACUUGGAUGCACCUAGCUUGUCAAAUUUAUUGCAAAAUGAAAAGUUGUAUGGUCCGACCGAUAGAGACCCCAGGACUCGACGCGAUGAUAUUCAAUUACUUUAAAUUCCCACAUGUUUACAUGUUUGAUCUGUGGCAAACAUGGGCUCCUAUCAUAACUUUGGAAUGGAAGCCUCAGGAACUUAAGGAUUUGAAAAAAUUGCCAUAUCCAGUGUUAAAGAUGGGUACUUUUGGAAGAUGUCCCUUCAUAGGUGACGGAAAUUGUGAUGAGACAUCCUACAGAAGAGUUAUUAAGAGAUACGCUCGUGAUAAAUCGAACAAGAACUACGCUUUGAAGCUACGCCGCAUGUACCAAUUUAGCGCCCAACCUAAUUUGCAUCAACAGGAAUUAAUCAUCAUACCACAUACAUGUCUGGACUCUAAGCGAUGUUACGAGACAUGGAAAUCGACAGUAUCAGAAGAAUCCGGUGAAGAAGAGCAGACAUCUAGUGCCUCUUGCAAAGAAUCUUCAAAGACUUUGAAGAUUCGACAGGAACCUUCUGUUGAAGUUGGCGAAUUGGUACUGGAACCAAAGAAGCCCGCGACAAUGGGAUUAGCAAGGCAGGAAACUGAGGAGUUUCCGGAUGAUUUGUGUGAUAAGAAGAAAUCAAGAGUCACUCAGGAGAUCAAGGCAAGUGGGGCUCACCAGUCUAACGAUGUGGCUACAUCUUUUGGUAACGGUCUGGGCCCCACAACGGCUAGUGUGAUGAACAAGAACCUCAAGACGUUGAGCAGGCUAGUUGUGGACAGGAGAUUGGGAGCAAAGGCUACUAACGUUCCUCACGGGCCAGCCCCGCAGUGUAACGAAUCAGUACAGAAACCUGCGGAGAUUAAUGACGAACAAACAACGAAGAAAAGAAAAGUAGAGGCAAAAGUGACACAACCUACCAAGAACGAAGUAGUGAAAAAUGCCGGGUACUGUGAAAAUUGUCGUGUCAAGUACGAAAGUCUCGACGGCCACAUUGUUACUGAAAAGCAUCAACUAUUUGCACAAAACGAUUUCAAUUUCGAAAUGAUAGAUUCUUUGAUUGAAAAGCUUAGAUUCCAGUUCUAA